AUGGCGGCGAUGAGUGCUUUCCAAUUUUGCAGCGGGGCCGUGUUGUCGACUGUGUUCCACCCUCUGGGCUACGCAAAAGUUUUGAUUCAGUUAGGGCACGAACCUUUGCCUCCCUACCCCACCAAGAGUAUAUUUGGAAGAGACAAGCUUAUCUACCCAAAUGUCUUCAGAUACAUUGGACACAUCCGAGCUACUGAUGGGUUCCUGGGCAUGUACAGAGGAGCUGUGCCCAAAUUCCUGGGUGGAUUUGUCACAGGGGCUGUCCAGUCAGCUGUGGCUGAGUCAUUCCCCUUGGACGAGCCCCGAGCAGACCCUAAUAGAGACUCCGGUGAUUUCAUGGUGUCCAUCAAAGCGCUUUGCAUAACGACUUCCAGAGAGACAUUAAUCAAGUGCAUGGGAACAAUUGCUUGCCAGCCUAUAAAUGUGAUAAUGCUGCGAAGCAUGGCUCAGUUUGUGGGUGGAGAAACAAGAUACUCCAAUUUUUUGUCCGCCAUUGGAGAGAUUUAUGAGAACGAUGGAAUCAUGGGAUUUUUUGCUGGCCUGGUCCCACGACUCAUCGGUGAAGCACUCACAGUUUGGCUGGCAAACAUCUUGUCUCAUAUCAUCAACACUUACCUGGUGGAGGAUAAGGGUAUGCAGACCUACACUGGAGCAGCAUGUGGGUUGAUUGUUACCCAUAUAACUUACCCAUUCACACUGGUCAGCAACCUGAUGGCUGUCAAUGGCAGUGGCUUAGUGGCGGCUUCCCCUCCCAACAUGCCCAUAUACAGGGGCUGGGUGGAUUGCUGGCGACAGCUGAGCAAAGCGCACCAGUUGAAGCGAGGCUCCAGCUUAUUCUGGCGGUAUUAUAACGGCCCUGUGACUCGCAUCGGCAGCAGAUUGGUGGCCAUGGACUACGCCUUCAGUAGUUGAACAGGAGUGUGACAUGUCUAGUAAUUCAGGUGUACAAAUUCAGGUGUAGAGACUUUUCAUGGUAAUGACAGUUUAUUGAUUAUAUACGGAGAUUGUAAAGUGUAAUUACUAACCCGGCCUUGCCAUAUCGUCAAACCCAGACCACAUCAGACAAGCUUGUAGGUAGUAUAGGGUGAGAUCACAGUCUUGCUGAUGAAAUUCUAGCAAGUGUGACAAGUUAAUGUGUGACAAAGUAAUGGUCAGGGUCUAUGGGUUUCAGGCUGUUCUCAUUCAGUGUACAUUUUGAUUGGAUCAUUUCAGUGGGUCCUGUCUCAUUCGUUUGUGGAAACCAAUUGACAUUUCUACUAUAAAUUUCUAAUGAAAAAUGUGAACAAAAGUUACCUAAUUAGAUACUUUGUGUAAAUAUCUCGUGACAUGAUGUUGGCAUUUUGUUGCAAAUCAGGAGUGUCACAUAUUUAGUUGAGACCAAAAUUUGUAACAGAGUAUUAGGGGGUAAAGCGGUUUUCGAUACAUGUGUGUGGGGUAGUAUUAUAAUUCUGGAGACUUGGUGUAUUAUCGUUCUGUAUUAGUGUAUUAUCAUCUUUUAAUCUGUGUUGCUGACGGUUUGUGGAAUGGAAAAUUGUCCCUAUAAACCAUCACUAGUACAUUUCGUCCACAAGUAUGUAAAAACGGACAACAAUAGUUUACCAUUCCUUUGACUUCAUCCUCUGCUUGUCAGUUUAUCUUCACAAUGUUGGGGUGUUCUCGAAAUAUAUGCCUGGUCACAGUACCCCUUUACUGUUUGGGCAAAUUACAUCCGUUCCGUAAUAAAUCCUGCGUGCAAUCACAGAGAAUGAUGUUCAAACAACAGUUAUUCAGAGAACAAGUCGUGUUUUAAAAGUUGUUAGAGCGUGGCGCUGCUGUUUCGAUCCUAGAAUCACCAUGGUGAUUUUCUGCUGAACUUGUGGUAGCCAGGAUGGAAUUUGUCUGUCAUCCUUGAUGAAAAACACAUUUUCAUAGAAGAAAUAGACGUAAUUUAUGCAAGGAAUAUGGUACGUAGCGAGCAUACUUUGACAUUGUGGAGAUGAUGACAGACCAUCCAUAAACACUUGUUGAUUAUGAAGUGUUAUCUGAAAAUCGGGGAGUUGUACCUCGGAUUUUUGUAUGAUAAUAUUGUGGAUGAGAUCCUCUGACCCCAAAUUCUCUUGGCGUGGAUAUUGUUCUGCAUAAAGUCUCCCCAAUUUUUCAUUCAACCAUGACUAUUGUUAUUGAAACUGCUGUCAAAAGUGUCCAGCAUACUUGUGGGAACCAUUUCCUUUCGAUUUUCUUCCAAGUAAUGGUAUCACAUUAUGAGUUUGAGCUCUUAAAUAGAAUGAAUUUCCCUUUAGUCCAAAAGUUUUUCCACAGAUUUUGGCGCUUUAAUGUCUUUCGUUUGUUAUGUGGGACUUCGGCGCAAAGCCAUAGAAGAUGCUAGUAUAUUGUCAGUUGAAUUAAUUAUGUGGGAAUUAAGUGUAUAGAUAUACUAGUGUGAAAUAUAUUUGUAAGGUUUCAUUUGUAUCCCUUAUUAUGCAUUAAUCUUUUGAUUGUCUACUGCCUAUCUUCUGUGACCUUUUUGGCAUAUUACAUAUAAGUGAGAAUAUUUAUAAAUAUUUAAUUAAAGUUCUCAACCCAUGGUCUAGAGAUGUCUUGUUGAUAGGCUGUAUUUUGUAAUGAACUCUCUUUUUGUGCCUUUCCAUUUUUGUUUUUAAUGCGGAAUAAUAGAUGCUGUCAAUGUGUCUAUACUUGUAGUGAAUGUAUAAAUGUUGGAUGAUCCGAGGAUUGUACCCAUGUGGUACCGGUGAAAAUAUUAAACUUAUGGCGGAUGUUAUUGUGAAUGCCCUCAACCCCACCAAAAAUGAAGAGCAAAGUAGUUUUAUUACAAAGAACUUUCCCUGUCAGCACCUGUAUAUAGCAGACUGUUGUCUACGGAGAAAACUCAAAACCAGAGGCAAAAGUGAUUCAGAGCAGAUAAUAUACCUGAUCCAUUCAUGCCAAUAUCAGUAAAUCCACUUUAACAAUUUUCCUCAAUCAGCAGAAAAAUUUAGAAUGAUCUCAAUUUUCCGAGUACGUCUGCCUUAUUGAUCUGUAAAGUGAUAUACAGCCCUUCUGUUGCCAUUGGUGGAGUGUACGAAAAAAAAAACGAUUACUAACCAUAUGGUCUGUAAAAAUAUUAUCCCUGUGCAUGUAAAUUUUUGUAUUGUGGUGUGUUUGAUUUUGGUUUGUUUUUUUUUAACUUGUAUGUUGGUUUGGGUUAAAGUGUGAAACUACAGGCAACGGCCUUUUCUUAUCUUGCACAAAUGUGUUUUGUAGUGACAAAGUUUGACUGCUGUUCAUCUAGAAGAAAUUUACUGCUCCGCAUGUUAUCUUAACUGCUGUGUUGGACACAAAGAUGAAACGUGAUCGGACAUGACUGAGACAAUUUCAUUUCUGUUAAACUUCAUGUACAUUUUGGAAAUUACAGCGAACAAACCACCACUUGGGUUGUGAGAAAGUUCUUUAGUAACUUGCCAAAGCUUGUGGUUUGUGACAGUCACUCCUGUGUCCUCAACCCCUAAAACUGUACGCCGUCGAAUACUUGAAAAAUUCGCGAGUAUUAUGUUAAUCCACAAUCAAAGAAAAUAAGUAUGUCGAACAACUAUGCGUGUAUUUAGUGUACUAUAUAAUUAGUUGCACGUAGCAAUUUUUUUGUCAUUAAUAAUAUUUAGCUGAUACCUUAGUUGUUCUUUAACAUUGUAUACAUAAUGUUGUCACGGAAUGUUUUGAGUCUUUUAUCGUAUCUUUAACCGACUGUACAACGUGUUCCAUGAAAGUAGAACAAUUUCCUAGUUGUGUGAAGUAGUCCAGUGACCUAUGUCCUAUGCAAUCAAAAACUUAAGAUAUUCCAACACAGGGACUCGUCAUUGUGUCAUUUAAGAUGUAUAGAAUGUCAUCCUGUAUUUCACACAGCUGUACACAUGUCGCUGUCGCUCAGUCCACAUCCAUCAACAAGACACAAAUCACUUGUAGCAAAAUGGUAUUUGAAACUCCCUUUGUGAUACCAACAUUAAUGAAUAAACUGUCUAUAUUUUGUAAAUUAAAAAUGUCUUUUUGGGCAUUUGUAUUGAUCAUAUGUGUCAGUCAAAAUUUGUGUUUGGAUCUGAGGUAAAAUGG